AUGGAUGGACAUCACGACGCGCGAUGGCUCGCGUCGUCGACGAUGCGGACGUUCGACGACCUCGCGGACGUCGCCGUGGCCACGACGGAGGCGGAGGUGAAGGUGUUCGUGUGCGGACGCGCGUCGACGCUGUGCGAGGCGGCGACGGCGCUCGGGGUGUUCGGCGAGGACGCGACGCGGCGAGAGACGUUUCAUCAGCUCGCGCGUCGCGUCGAGGGCGGAUCGACGAAGACGAGCGCGUUGGCGUUCGGAGAGGGGACGGCGAUGGCGGAGGUGGUGGUGUCGGCUUUGCCGGAGGAGGUGUCGAGGCAUAACUCGCCGAUUUCUUCGCACGCGAUCACGGCGAACGCGAAGUCGGCGAUCGCGGAUCGUAAGACGCGGACGGCGGUGUGCGUCGUGGCGUUGCCGAGAGAGAUGGAGGCGUACGCGGCGAGCGCGUUGAGCGCGCUCGGACGGGCGUUGCCGCCGUACGCGAAAAAGUACGCGGCGAGCGACGCAAAGGUGGACGGUGACGUCUUCAUCGGCGUUCUCGUCGAUGGCGAACUGUGGACUGGACCGGAGACGAGGUCGUUACCCAAGCCUCUGCGUAGAUGUCAAGCGCUCGUGGACGCGGCGCCGAAUGAUUUGACUCCCUGCGCUUUCGUGGACGAAGCCAAACUCGUCGCGAGCGAGCUCGGGGCGAGCGUCGAAGUGGUCGAGAUCAAGAGGUACAAGCAGCUCGUCGAGGAAGGAUACGGCUGUCUCGCAGGAGUCGGAAGCGCGGCAUCACGAGACGGAAGAGAUCCCGCGCUCGUGCACCUGCGCUUCACGCCCAAGGGAUGUAAGGAUCCGAACGCCGCGUCCGUCGCCUUUGUUGGCAAGGGCAUCACCUUUGACACCGGCGGGCUUUCGAUCAAGUCAAAGGAUGGAAUGUGUGGCAUGAAGACGGACAUGGGCGGCGCCGCGGGCGCGCUCUGCGCGUUCGAAUCCAUCGUACGCGAAGAUGCCGAGAGCAACUUCAAGACGCCGCUCGAUCUCGUCUUGUGCAUCGCCGAAAACGCGGUGGGUUCGGGAGCGAUUCGUCCCGACGACAUUCUCGUCGGUAAGAGCGGUAAAACGGUCGAAAUCAACAACACCGACGCCGAAGGUCGACUCGUUCUCGCGGACGGCGUGGCUUACAUCACGGGUGUCGCGAAGACGAGUAAGCCGUCCGUCGUCGUCGACAUGGCCACGUUGACGGGCGCGCAGAUGAUCGCCACCGGUCGAAAGCACGCCGGUCUCGUCACCGACGACGAGGACAUGGAGAACCUCAUCGUUAAGCUCGGUAAACUCACUGGCGAUUUGGUGCACCCGCUUCCGUAUUCUCCGGAGAUGUUCAAAUCCGAGUUCGCGUCCAAGGUCGCGGAUAUGAAGAACUCGGUCGCCGAUCGCGCCAACGCGCAGUCGAGCUGCGCUGGCCAGUUCAUCGCGAAUCACUUGCACCCCGAUUGGGUCGCGCGCGAAGACACCGCGUGGGUCCAUCUCGAUAUGGCGGGUCCGGGAAAUACCAAGGACGGACUCGCGACGGCGUACGGCGUCACCCUUUUGAACGCGUUGUACAAAUCGAUCGACUCCAAUUGA